UUCUUUCACAUUCAGGUUGUGCUGGCGUUGAAUUUUCCCGUCUUCAGAAAAAAAAGAGAAUUAAAAAAAGAGCAACAGCCACCGAUCCGCGCUGGGAGCGAUAAAGGAUUUACUUCACUCGCUUUAUUUGAGAGCUUUCUGCAGAAGAAUUGAAAGACUCCAAAAUCAUUUUGUCUGUUCGUUAUUUUAUUCUUAUUAUUAUUAUUAUUUUUUUGGACGGACCAAAACAAUGCGCCUCAUCCAGAACAUGACAACCAUAGCGGAGUAUCCAGCGUCUGAAUACUCGGCCCCCAACCGGGCCAUUAAAAUAGCCGUUAUAGGAGGCAGCGGUGUGGGGAAAACAGCACUCGUGGUGAGAUUCCUAACAAAGCGCUUCAUCGGAGAUUAUGAGCGAAAUGCUGGUAAUCUGUACUCCAGAGAAGUCCAGGUAGAUGGAGAGCAAGUGACCAUCCAGGUGCAGGACACUCCUGGUGCAGAGAUGACAGAUAAUGGCAUCAGUCUACCUGACCAUGUGACCUGCUCCAUCCAGUGGGCUGAUGCUGUGGUGCUGGUGUACUCUGUGACUGACCGUAGCAGCUUUGAUCUGAUCGAUCAGUUGCACCAGCUGGUUGUUCGUAGCAGCGGUCCCAAUAUGCCCCCGAUAAUCCUGCUGGCCAAUAAGGCAGACCUGUUGCACCUGAGGCGUGUUGACUCCCAGCAGGGUCCUAUUCUGGCAGGAAACCUGAGCUGCUCCUUCUAUGAAGUAUCUGCUAGUGAGGAUUACAGCCAGGUACACGGGGCCUUCCACAGGCUGUGCUGCCAGCUAGCCAAGCAGCCACCCCCUGUCUCCAGCAGCUCUCCACCCACCUCUGCCAGCGGUGUCACAGAGAAGAGGCGCUCCCUGCUCAUCCCCAGGCCAAAGUCUCCCAACAUGCAGGAUCUGAAGAGGCGCUUCAAGCAGGCGCUGUCGGCGAAAGUCCGGACUGUUACCUCAGUGUGAGGAGAGCUACAAACGGAAAGUGGUCAAGUGGCCGUGGGAAGAAAGUGUUAAACAUUGGAAAAGAGGACAGAGAAGAUUCAUGCUUCUCCACUUGAGUCCUGCACCAGUCCGGUUGGUCUGAGAUAAACAGUAUAGCAGGAGGCGGAUGAAUCUUUACAGAGAUAAUGAUGUUGUGGUGAGCAGGAAUCUGUCAGAUGACGUGAAGAGCAGCAGUGAGGAAGUUCAGGAUCUGUUCAGGAGGAAAGAAAUUCCCUCUGAGGAUGCAGAAGCAGCCGAAUGAAGCUGAGAGAACCAAAAACUGCAUAAAUUAAAAAAAUAAAUAAAUAAAAUAAAUUAACUGUACAUAAAGCCCUCCUGGCAACAACAGCUCUGAAGGACUGCUUAUAUUUAGCUGUGCUGUGUCUAUUGUGGCUGCUCUUUAUUCAGACUGCCACUUCAUCAAGGCUAAACGCUGGUAUUAUUAUACCAGCCUCUUAAGCUGGGUCUCUGUGCAGCUCUGUGUGUGUUCACUCUUUUAUUUGAGUAUCUGCAGUUUAUUUUUUGAUACUUGCAAAAUCAUCCUUGUACACAAUUGACAGAGGGGAGGGUGGGGGUUGAAGUAUCCUUGUGGGGUAGCAGCCAGUAUGUAGCAUGUGUUGGUGAUUGUCACUGAUGCACUUUAUUAAAAAAAAAGUCCAAAGGGCCUAUUAUUUAUUUGUUACAAGUUCUUUUUUUUUUUUUUUUUCAGAAUAAAACGAUGAAUUUAAAA